AUGAGUGGAAGUUGUUUAAUGGCUCUCGCACAAGUCCCGUGGCCUCUUCUUGUAGUCAUCGGUCUUUUUGUGUGUGAGUGUAUGGGAGGCUGCGCCGAAGUGGACUCAAAGACGGAGGCCGUGCGGGGCGAGGCUUUCGUGUUGGGCUGCAUUUCCUGUAAGAGACGAGAGGAAGUAUCAGCCAUCACCACCCUGGACUGGCACUUCAAACCUCAAGGAGAGGAAAACUACACACACAUCUUUCACUAUGAGCACCCCACUGCUGAAGUUUUGGACGAGGCCUUCAUGGGUCGUCUGGACUGGCUGGGUACUCUUGGCGAGGACGUCCAGGCGGGCACUGUCGCCAUGCACAACAUUAGCUAUGACGACGCCGGCACAUACCGCUGCACCUUUACCCGAACCCUCCUCCUGGCAGGCUUCCGGCAACAUGUCACUGUCGAAAAAGAGGUGGAGCUCAGUGUGGUGGACGUUGCCAACCGUGAGCUGGCGGCGGUGGUGUCGGAGAUGAUCAUGUACGCACUGAUCGUGCUGCUGCAGCUGUGGCUCAUUGUCGUGGUGGUCUACUGCUACAAGAAGGUGUCCGAAGAUAUGGACGCCCGCGAGGCUCGCAGAGCGCUCAAAGAGCACAGAGAACUGCUGGACUGUGACGGCGUCAGUUUAGAAGAAGGCAAAUAA